AUGGCACAGCCAACCGGGGGUCCUUCACUCGUUCAGGACCCCGAACUGGCGACAAACUCAGACGAUCAUUCCACCGAUCCAGAUACUACUCUCGCUGAACGUACCAACUCUGACUCGACUUCGGAGAAGCGAGAUCUGACCGAUUCGAGCGAUUCACUCAUUACCGAAAUCCACCAAACUGUGUCGCUCAUUCAUGUCGUCCGUCCCGAUGGCACCCCCAUCGAGAUCAAAACCGUCUAUUCUCCCCCAACUACACUUCUCGUCGACCCAACGACCGGGAAAGUAGUCGAGGAUGUUACAGGUAAUGCUGCAGCUGCAGCUGCCGCUGCCGACUCCGUAAUACCUACGCCGCCGCUCGUAACUGAUUUACCGCCCGGCGACGGCGACCUAAUACCCUCCAAUAUCGAGAGCCUGGUCCCGACCGAUCUCAACAUCAUUUCUCCUCUUUCGAACGAUCUCCUUUCCAGUAUUAUCCCCGAAGAAACGGCUUCCGCCUCUUCGAGCAAUGAACUAUCGCCCGAUACCGCCUCUGCAAGUUCCUCGGCACUGCCUACGAUACCGCCCUUGAUCGUGCCCAGCGGUUUCCGUAACAUUUCCAGCUUCGGCCAUUUCAAUGAGACCGCAUCCUUCCACCACGCGAAAUUCCGUUCUACGACGCUUCGAUCCUCCGGAACCUCAACUUCCCCAACCCAAGCCCCUACAGUCAUCGUCGGCACCGAUACGGGAGGAGCCGCCCCGGGUGGCGGUACGGGAGAGGGAGGUUCCUUUGCGGAGGAGUCUAGUUCUAAUGGCGAUGGACCGACACCGACGAGCACCGUUGUGGGAAGCGUGGUGGGAAGUAUUGCAGGGGCUGCUUUAAUCAUUUUCGUCAUCAUGGCCCUAUUGCGAUGGAGGAAGAGACAAUCCGGAAGACUCCGACUCGCCGACGGACCACCUUCUACCGACAGUCGCGGGCUCCUACCUGAUGCUGGGGGCAGCGGCGGCGAUGGAGGGGCAAUGGUGCAACGUUCGAAUCCUUCGUUCGCAGUCCCCGCUGUACUGGCGACCCUAUCAUCUUACAAGAACCCGCCGAGCCCCCCGAAGCCGAAUCCUCAGGAAACCGGAUUUUACCGAAUAUCUGGAAAGAAGCUCCCCUCCGUGUUACAGUACGGUGGUGAUGGGUUUACCGAUCCACGAGCGAGCGCUGUUAGCGGCAUCUCGUCUGUAUAUCCGGAGCCGCCCCCGCCGCCGAUGACUGAUGUCGAAAACGGCAGUACUCCGCGACUGGCCCUCGGAAACCCUAUGCGCCCGGUCAGUGGAGUGGCUGUCAUGCGGUCGAGCCCGGCCCGGACCCCGGUCACGGAACACAACCCGUUUGUGAACCCUCUGGCCGACCCUUUCGCCGAUCCCCGAACUCCGCCUCUACCUCCGCCUCCCAACCAAACCCUACGGCCUGACGCCGUGGGCCGGUCGUUGACAGCCCAAGACGCCUCCCGUGCGUCGUCCUCACGAUUUCUAGAGGAUGUUUGA